CCGCCCAAUCACCUUCUUUGUUUUUCACCCGCCCUGUGAGCGUGGGAAGAGGAAGGCCUCACCCCUUCCUUUGACUUGCUUGAAUACCGAAUUUGGGUUUGGGGCAAUCGCGACAGAGGAUCGCUGGGGCUAGUAUGCGCCGUGCGGGGCCUUGCCUGGCCUCGGCGCAGCACCAGCUCCUCCGCAUCCUCGUUCCCCGCUCGUUCGGCCAGCUGUGGCCUAACGCUGUUGCCAUAGCAACCGGAGCCUGCCAGGGCCUGGCAAGUAUGGACGAAGCGCUAAGCCGCGCCGUCCCGCCGCUGCCGCCUUACGAGACCCGGGAGAAAGCGGCGGCGCCGGCUGGGGCCGCCCUGGAGCAGCGCGGCGCGGAGUUCAUGCGCUACUACCGCGCCUUGGAGAGCGGCAGGCCGAGGGCCGAGCUGCUGAGCUGCCUGGCGCGAGACUUCGGCGUUGAGCACGGCCGGGUGGCCGAAGUGAGCGGGAAGGUGCUCCGGCUGCUACAGCAGCAGGGGGAGGCGACGGACGCCGCGGCGAGGGAGCACGAGCCCGGCGCCCUCCUGCAGGCCGAGGACCGGCUGCGGCACUACCUCACGCCGCGCUACCGGGGCCUCUUCCAGCACCUGGGCAGGCAGGAGGGCGGCCUCCGCUUCCUGGUGGAGCUCCGCAAGGACCUGCUCGAAGCCCUGGCGGCCAGGGAGGCCGAAGGGCCGCACGUCAGGGAAAUGAAUGGAGUGUUGAAGAACAUGCUGUCAGAAUGGUUUUCCACAGGAUUCCUAAACUUAGAACGAGUUACGUGGCAGUCUCCUUGUGAAAUUCUUCAAAAGAUUAGUGAUAGUGAAGCUGUGCAUCCUGUUAGAAACUGGAUGGAUAUGAAACGCCGAGUGGGAUCGUAUAGAAGAUGCUAUUACUUUGCCCACUGUGCAAUACCUGGCGAGCCAUUGAUAGUUUUGCAUGUUGCACUUACAGAUGAGAUAUCCAGCAGCAUCCGGGCCAUAGUGAAGGAGAUUCCCUCUCUAGAAGUGGAGGAUCUGAGCAAAAUUACCACUGCAAUUUUCUAUUCAAUCAGUUUGACUCAGCAGGGCCUGCAGGGUGUGGAGCUGGGGACAUACCUCAUCAAGCGAGUUGUUAAGCAACUGCAAGUGGAUUUUCCCCAGAUCAAAGUCUUCUCUACCCUGUCUCCUAUUCCGGGAUUCACCAAAUGGCUUGUGAGCCUCCUUUCCUCACAGUCCAAGGAAAUGGGCAGAUGUGAUCCCUUCACAGAUCCUGAAUACCUAGAAAUCUCCGAGAUCACGGGAGAUCCGGCUGUUGAAAUUCUAAAACGCCUCUUAACGAACAAUGAAUGGGUGAGGUCAGAAAGACUGGUCCGAGUUUUACAGCAGCCGCUUAUGAGGCUGUGUGCCUGGUAUCUGUUUGGAGAAAAACAUCGUGGCUAUGCCCUUAACCCAGUUGCAAACUUCCACCUUCAGAACGGCGCAGUGUUAUGGCAUCUGAACUGGAUGGCUGACACAAGCCCCCGUGGCAUCGCUGCCUCUUGUGGCAUGAUGGUCAACUAUCGUUAUUUUUUGGAGGACACUACUACCAACAGUGCCGCAUAUCUUGGAACUAAGCAAAUUAAAGGCUCAAAGCAGGUUCUCUCCUUGGUGACUCAGUUUCAGCAGAAUAGCAAACUCUAAAUAAAUAAGGCAGCUUUAAGGAGCAAAUACCUGGUUUAAUUAAA